GCAGUAACUCUUCCAUACAAAUGGUUCAAUUCUAUGGAUAUGCAAUAAACAAAUUAAUAAUUACAAUGCAAAUAACAUCAGAAAUACAAAGCCUGAAUUAUGGUUCAGCUAAUAGUUCAGGCUGCAUGCUUGCUAAUUUAAAACAAAG